AAGCAUAAUCUGUCACGCAUCUCACUGACGAGAAUCUUAAAUACAAUAUAUGUCUUAUUUCUCACAUUUAUCUAUAAUUAUCAAGUAUAUGCUAUGAAAAUCGUUGUAAUCGGUAGAUUACAACGAAAGUAAACUAAAGAGUUUUGUAUGAAAAAAAAAUUUAAUAUUGACCGCUAACAAACUUAACAAAUGUCACGUGAUAGCGGACAUUUAUAAUGAUUAUUAUUGAAAGUGUUUGAAAGAAUGAAAAUGGAAAUUUGUACCUUUAAAAUACUGUUAAUACUGUUAGGGAUUUUAUGUUUGGUGACGAGCAAACCGUUGCAGCUCGACGAGGACAACAAUAGUGAAAUAGGCGAUUCCGAUUACAAUAGCAACGACGACUCUGCAUCUGAUGAAUAUCAAGAGGAUGAAGCUUUAGAUGAGGCGCCACAAAACAGAAAUGAAGUCCCCGUAGGUCAAGACUUAAAGCGUAAUUUAAAACUGGUCCCCGAUCGUCGCCAUGCUCGGAAUAGAUACGAAGAAUUAUCUGGAAAAUCAAAUCCCGAUAGGCAGAGACAGCGUAAAACAAUAGCGAAUUUAGAACAUUUGAAAACAGAUAGUGAUAACGAGGAAACAAAUGAAGAAGCAGAUGCUGAAAAAAUAAAUAAAGAUACCGAGCAUUACAAAAAAAAUACCGAAUUAGGCGACACUAACAUCAAAGAAAAACCUUUUGCUUCUGAUUAUGUCGACGAGCCGCUUUUUAAAGUUAAGCAGGAGGGAUACAACACGGACAGGAUCGAAUAUAUAAAUGAACAAUUACCCCGCGAGCAGUUGAGAAGAGUAAAAGAAAUCGAAAACUCACAUAAAAUGAGAAGUAGCGGCUGUAGAGGUAAAAAAUAUGACCUUGAAAUUAAUAGAAAUCGAAGGCAAGCUCCGAACGCUGAAGUAACUGACAAUAAUAGUACGCCAAGCCAAAAGCAAGACAUCGAUUCAAAAGGUGAUUCUGAAUCAUCUAUCAUUAAAAACAUAAAGAAACUGUCCGAGCAAGAUUUAGAAGAGCUCCUAAAUUCCUUACCAGAAGAUAAAAAGAAUAUAUUAAAGAAAAUUAUGGAAAAGAGAGAAAUCACAAAAAAGGCAGGUGCUGUAGAAGAAAACUAUUUAGAGGGCGGUCAAUCCGAUACCAGCAAAAAUGAAGGAGGCUUUUUAUUGGACUCUAGUACUACUUCAGAACCACCGUUUUCUUCUAGCACUGACACUACAGAUAUUAGUAAACAUACGGACAUAGGAGAGGCUGAAAGCACAAAAACUUCAGAAAAUGAAAAUGAAUCUGGAAAAUUGCAGGAUAAAUCUUUGUUUAUUAACUCUAAAGAACCCAAUUUAAAUGUCGGAUACGUUAUUAGCGACGAUAAUUUAAAAGACGAAGAGUCUGUGAAAAGUGAAAAUAAACGUGAAAUCGUACAGGCUGAAUACUCUAAUGACAACGAAAAUGGUGCAGAUAAUGUGGAAAAUGCUGAUUUGAAAGACGAAUCGUGCAUUGAAAAUGAUGAACUGCUGCCACAGAAAGGCGACAAAAUAAAAACGAAUGCAAACAAAAGGGAAGUCAGUGAUGAGAACCCUUCAGAAUUAAAUGGUUCGAUACAAUCAUUGGAAGAAUCCUUUAGCAGCGACACUACCGGAGAGUCUUUGUCGCCUUUAAUUAGGGUAAAGAGAACUGAAAAAGAUCACUCCUGUAAUAAGAGGGAUUCGAAUAAUCUCUCCAACAUGAAGGUGCCAUUUUCUCCAGCAGUUGAAAGCGGAGGUUCAGAGAACGAUGAAAGAAGUGAAAUAGAAGAUUAUGGUAUACUCGACCGCUCUUCAAACUAUGAGAGAAGCGAAGAAAAUAAUAAUGGACAAGAAAAAGUCUUCCACGAAACCCCCGAAAUAAACGGGAGAGAUUUAAAAUUCAAUCCAAUCGAACAUUCAGGAAAGGAUAUGAAUGCUGAAACAGGCAAAGCGUGUCUAGGUUCAGAUACAGAUAGCGUUCUCUCAGGCGUUGAAGGCAUUGACGACAACUUGAUGUACAACAGCGGCUUGCGGAACAAGAGAACCGAAGUAUCGUCUGAUUUAGAUGAUUCACACCAAGUCCAAUUAAACAGGAAUGGUCGGACUGCGGGGUCGUUGGACGACUCGAACAAUGCUGUGACAGAUAAUUCUAUCAACGUACAUAAUUACGGCGAAGAGGAAGCUUUUGGACCAAUUUCACGUAAUUAUGAAGGAGAUAACAGUCGUUUUAAAAGGAUAAGACAAAUUAAAGACACCCCAAUACAACGAGACUAAUACUAUUUGUAAUAAUCGAUAUUAGCUUAUAAAUGUUUUAUAGUUUUAAAUUACAAGGAAUGUUUGUAUAAGAAUUUAGCAUUGUUUGAUAAUUAGACUGUUAAAGUUAAUGUUUUAGAUAAUAAAUAUUCUUUAGUAUGUCUUUGUUUUUUGGGUUAUUUAGACAGAUUCUUUAAUAAAAACAACAACAAAAUAUAGAAUUUCCUUAAAA